GUCUAAUCUGGGGAACCAGCACGGUCCAUCGUAUACCGCCGAGGUGAGUUAGAGUUAGAGUUAGAGUCAGGCUCGUCAGCAUCCCGAACAUUGCAACUCGCCCAAUGUGGGCGAUGGUCUUCGCCUCGCCGAUUCAUCGAAUUUGUCAUCUGCGUCUGCGCGAGGCGAGGCGGAGUGUUCUGUGGGUGGAGCGAUCAGCGAUCCGUUAUCAACCUCGAAGACCGCCGCGACUUGCACGUGGUUGGAAUUAGCCAAAAGUAAUCUCACAAGAGAAGCGGCACACGAACAAAAGGAUUGUAAGAAAUGGCCGCUUGUCACGUCAGGCUGGCGGAUUGAGAGUCAUCGUCCUGGACUUCGGUAGGCGAGCGAGCUUCUCAUGCAUCGAGAGGGAAUCGGAGUUCCGUGUGCUCCUCUUUGAUGUGAAGAGCACGGAGUUCGAUUCCAUGGCGAAAUCCGCCCCCCGCGACUCAUUCUUUGUGUACAGUCGGAUUUUGGCGUGUUGUGGACGCUGCCGUACGCUCUUGGGAAGACGCACAACGAGCAAAUGCUUUCGGCGCUGCCCUUGAAAUCUGCCAGCAAGCCGGGGAGCACUUGAAACAAGGGCCGUUCUGAGAGGAGGAUUGCCCACAAGAGCUCGGGAGAGAGGCGGCUGUCAGCUCCAGGGGGCCUCCAGGCUCCGCCAAGGUCCCAUCGACGUCCGUGCAACAAGAAGGCUACUAGAAUAGUUGGGGAGAUAAGUAAACGGGUGGCCAUUGGGGGAGCCCGUGGAGGACAGACGCUGAGUUGUGGAGGAGGGGGAUCUUUUCCGGUUCCUAUGGCAACUGGGCCCCACGCGAAUGGAGAAUUGGCCACGACACCAAGUUGGCAACCAGAGACGAAGACAUGGUUGCGGAAGAGGAUGCCAUGCCAGGACCAGAACGCUAGAACGCCGGAACACUGAAUUCGAAUGCUCGCUUGACUGCUGCUGCUGCUGCUGUGUUUCAUUCCAAAUGGAGCCCGAGUGAACUUCCCGAAGUCAAGACUGCCCCAAUCUGAGAUUCAAUGCGUGGACUCAAGAAUCGUCCUUGUCGAGGCAGGUGCCGUGGAAGUAAGAAUGACGGUUGAAGCUUCAGGAUUAUACAGUUCCGGUUUGAGCUGUAGAAUUACAGGGAAUCAUGUUUCCAGGUUCCAAGAUUCGGGAAGCAAGCGCUUCCGAGUCCUCUAUAUAAUCUGAAGGCGUUCUGCUGAAAAAGCAGGUGAAUCUCGAGUGUUUGGACAAUUGCUCCUACUUCCUGCUCUGUCUUGUCUCUCGGAAAAACCCGUCACGGAGACUGGAAAUUAAAUUAUGAGCUGACACAUUUUUAGUGGACGGUUUGUGCAACUCGACGAGAACCCAAUCAAUUCAACAUUUACAUAGUAUAAACUGAAAAAUACAGUACGAGAUCAGUCAUACCAUAAUAUGGCAGCUGUGCAGAGGACGAUGAAUUCUCUUUGUUCUGGGCCGUUGGUGUCAACCUCAGGCCUUGGAGUGAAGGGCCUAGGAUCAGCAACAUUUCUUCCUUCUCCUCUCGUUCGCUCCCAGAACACGAGGAAUGCAUUCGUGAGAAGGGGCAAGGUAUAUUGCGUAUUGCAGGAAGAGUUGGUUCCUGCACCUGCGCCACAUUUGAAUGUACCUACUCAGUACGAGGACUCUUGGCUUGAGAAAAAAUCCAUCCAGUUUCUCACGAAUCGGCUUGAGCGACUGUCGGGUAAGACUACAGAGCUCGAAGGUUACGAUGGUUUCGUAGACAUGACCAGGAAAUUGGUUCAUGGUCUUCCUGCCUCUUCGCAGCGUGAUACAGUUCACAAGUUGCUUCACAUGGUUUUGCCCAGCUGGCUCCUCUUCACAUUCCGACUUGUUCCAAAAGCAACAUUUUUGAACGAGUACUACGCGGUUUUCACAAAGUUGUUUUUUAGAUGGCUCAUUGGUGAUACCGAGAUCAGGGAGGCGGAAGUGAAUGGAGUGAUGAUGAGAAGUACGGUACAUAUAAAAAAGUGCAGGUAUUUAGAAAAUAGUCAAUGUGUCGGUUUAUGCGUCAACCUCUGCAAAAAUCCGACGCAAGAAUUCAUCGGCAAGCAGUUCGGCAUGCCGCUGACGAUGAAUCCAAAUUUUGAAGAUAUGAGUUGUGAUAUGAUUUAUGGACUUAAACCGCCUCCUAUUGAGGAAGAUGAUGCCUACAAACAACCAUGUUAUUCAUUAUGUAAAACAGCAAAACAGAAGGAUAACUGCGCUUAAUUUUUCAAUAUUUUGUCUGUCACUAACCUUCCCAUUUAGAGUGUAGAAUAAACAGGUAAAUACCGAUGCAAAAGUACAACUGCGUUCGAUCUAUCAACUCCUUCUCUGUCACUAAUCUCUCAUUCAAAGUGUAGAAUAUGUCAAUACCGGAACUUGGAAGCAGCUCGGUCGUUCUCAGGUCCGUAGAUAGAAGAUGUGUCAAGUUAUCAGUCAUAUACUUGGGUACAAGUUUACAGACACAUAAUAGCAAUCUUGAACUUAAUAAAAUUCAAGACACGGCUGUCGCGAGCUUGCUCCAGUUGUAUAUCUGAUUCAUCCGCUAAUACUCGAAUUACUGCAGUUAGCAACUGACAGUUUCCAUAGAAAAUGUAGAAAUACCAUUCUGUACUCGAGUUCUCUCUCUGGUAAGAGCAACGAGAGUAGCGAGGAAGCAUCGCCAGUUGUCAUAUAGGAUUAAAAAUAGUUGGAACGAAAGGACGGUGAGCAAAUUGCCUCUUUCAGUCUUGUUAUCAAGUAGGCAGCUAGAUGGAGCGACGUCUGAAACAUCAUGAUUAUCAUUUGGCGUCAUCAUUAUUUGCGUCCUGAAUGUAAAUGAGAUUGAAGCCAGGAUGUCAAAGCUAUUGUUUACUAUUACAAUGCAACUAAUGGUUAACUCCUUCUUACGAAUGCCCGUGCUUCUCUAAAUGUUGAGAAAUAAAAUAUGUCGUGGUCAUC